AUGUUGGAUUAUUACGAGCAGCUUGCUGCUAGUCCUUACAAUGAUUCUCUUAAGGUUCUUGAGGCUGAUAUUCAGCAUGCCAAUAUGCUGGCAGCUUCCAUCCCCAGACGCAAGAGUGGUACGGUUCUUCAAAUGAAAUUGGUUUACAAUCACUUGGCACCCAUUUUCCUGUUUUUGCUUCAAUGGAUUGAUUGCUCCUCUUCAUGUUUACUUUCAAGUUACUUAAAUCUUUUCCACAUAAUUGUAUAUAAGGUGCGCACAGAUGGGAGGUCAAAUAUCUCUUCAUGUGGAAGGAAAGCCACCGUCAGUGAAUUCUACAAUGUUAUAUUACCAUCCCUUCAGCGUCUCCAUGGUGAUUCAUUGGAGAUGGAUAUCACCCAAGAGGAAGCUCUAGAGAUGGCUGUUAGGAAGAGAUAUGAGGAUAAGCUAAAGCUUUCAGAUGUAGACUUGGAGAGAGAAAAUGAGUGUGGCAUCUGCUUGGAGCCUUGUACCAAAAUGGUUUUGCCAAACUGUUGCCAUGCCAUGUGCAUUAAUUGCUACCGCGAUUGGAACACAAGAUCGGAAUCGUGCCCGUUCUGCCGAGGAAGUAUAAAGAGAGUGAAUUCAGGGGACUUGUGGGUUCUGACCUGCGGCAGUGAUGUGGUUGACACUCAAACUGUGUUGAAGGAGGAUAUGUUGCGGUUCUAUCUUUUUAUUAACAGCCUGCCAAAAGAUCUCCCGGAUGCUCUAUUCUUAAUGUAUUAUGAGUACUUAAUUUGA